UCUUACUGCACAAAAUGUAGAAAAGAAAGUGUGAUCUCUAAGCACAGGAUUCAGGUAAAAGUGAUGUGGCAAUCCAGGGCCAGGGAAACUGGAGAAGUGAGGAAAUGCAAGAGCCCCUCAGCUAACUGGCUGAUCUCCUGUUCAUGGAGGAGAACACCAAGGAUGCUACACAAGCCAACUCAGAAGUGAGCCGCUGAUACCUUUCCUAUUGAAAGAGAAGGAAGCAAACAUGAAGGAAAAUGUGACAUCAGCAACUGCCUUUCUUUUGCUUCUUUUUCUCCACACCACCCUCCUGAAUGGACAAUCAGCCCCUGGAAAGCCUAAGAUUGAAAAAUGUCGUUCUCCUGAAAAAGAAACAUUCACUUGCUGGUGGAAACCAGGAUCAGAUGGAGGAAUUCCUACCAACUACACUUUGUUUUACAGAAAAGAAGGAGAGUCACUCACCCAUGAAUGUCCUGACUACAAAACUGGAGGUCCUAAUUCCUGUUAUUUUAACAAGAAGCACACCUCUAUAUGGAUGGUCUACAUCAUCUGGGUCAAUGCCACUAACCAGAUGGGAAGGAGUAUGUCAGAGCCACGUUAUGUGGAUGUGACUUACAUAGUUGAACCGGACCCUCCUUUGAACCUAACUUUGGAAGUUAAACAACCAGAAGAUGGAAAACCAUAUCUGUGGCUGAAAUGGUCUCCACCUGUCCUGGUUGAUGUUAGGUCUGGUUGGCUAACACUUCAAUAUGAAUUGCGACUAAAACCUGAGAAAGCAGCAGAGUGGGAGACACAUUUUGCUGGUCAGCAGACACAGUUUAAAAUCUUCAGCUUGUACCUGGGACAGAAAUAUCUUGUAGAGGUUCGCUGUAAACCAGACCAUGGCUCUUGGAGUCAGUGGAGCCCUGAAAGUUCAAUUCUGAUACCCAGUGACAUCAAAAUGAAAGACACCACAGUGUGGAUCUUCGUGGCCGUUCUCUCCUCUGUCGUUUGUUUGAUUAUAGUCUGGACAAUGGCUCUGAAGGGUUACAGCAUGAUCACCUGCCUCCUGCCACCUGUCCCAGGCCCCAAAAUAAAAGGAUUUGAUACCCAUCUGCUGGAAAAAGGGAAGUCUGAAGAACUCUUGAGUGCCUUGGGGUGCCAGGGCUUCCCUCCCACUUCAGAUUGUGAGGAUCUUCUGGUAGAGUUUCUGGAAGUGGAUGACAGUGAGGACCAGCAGCUGAUGCCCACCCAUGAAAAAGAUCAUCCUAGCCAAAGCAUGAAGCCUACACACCUUGACCCAGACAGUGACUCUGGCAGGGGGAGCUGUGACAGUCCUUCUCUCUUGUCUGAGAAGUGUGAAGAACCCCGGGUUCCUCCACCAACCUUCACCAUUCCAGAGGUCAGUGAGAAGCCAGAUGAUCCUGGAACAAAAAUAACCCACAAUUGGGACCCCAAGAGCAUAAACUUGGAAGGCAAAAUCACCUAUUUCAAUGCCAUUGGGUCCAAAUCUUCAACGUGGCCUAUACCACAGCAAUCCAGUAACCACACCCUAAGAUCCUCUUACCACAAUAUUGCUGACAUUUGUAAGGUGGCCCUGGGCACUGUGAAUGUUCCAGCUGUUUCACUGAAGAAAGAAGAGAAUCAUGCUUUAAAUUACUCAGCAACCAUUGAUGCUGUGGGAGAAGAAACAACAGAGAAGCAGAAGGAGUUGGAACACUUCCAUUCCAAGGCCAACCAAGAAAAAACAUGGCUGCUACCCAAUGAGAAAAUGCCUUUUAUGUCUCCCAGGCCCAUGGAUUAUGUGGAGAUUCACAAAGUCAACAAAGAUGGCGCAUUAUCAUUGCUACCAAAACAGAAAGAAAGCAAUGCCAAUACAGAACGGGCCGGCACUCCUGACACCAGUAAGGAGUAUGCCAAGGUAUCAAGGGUUAUAGAUAAUAACAUCCUGGUGCUGAUGCAAGACCCAAGAGCCCAGGCCACAGUGACAUUUGAAGAACCCGCUAAGGAAACUCCUCAGCCCCUACAACGCAACCAAACUGAGAAAAACCUGUCCUACUGCACCUCUCCACCAGGUGACUGCAGACUCCAGACUGGUGGGUUGGAUUACCUGGAUCCAACUUGUUUUAUGCACUCCUUUAAUUAAUUGAUUGAUUCAUUAAAAUGUGAUUUUUCUUCAGGUAACACUACAGAAUAAGUUAAAUGCAAUCAAACAUAGAAUGUCCAAGAAUGUGGUUUAGAAAUGGCACUAACUAAAACUCAUCCACAGUUCACAUCUUCUUUUGCUUCACUUUUAGCCAGUCAUCUACUUUCAAACAAUUGAUGCCAGAACAAAUUAUUUUGUUUUCUAAUUGUAAUUUGUAGUUUUAAUUUCUGCUAAUAGGUAUAAAAUAACAUGUACAAUAAAAUAAAAGCACAUCACUUAGUUUUCUUGGUGGGGGAUGCCAAUAGAUACAUUAUUUUGAUAGAGGAUUCAUGGCUCAGUACAUAACCAAAGUAAACUAAAUAGACUUAAUUGUUUAAUGCCAUAAGAAAGGAGCCUAAGCAUACAUAGAGCAUGGACCAUGGGUUCCCAGUUGUGCUGGCAUGUCUAGUCCAUAAUCCAUGCAUUCCUAUUGAAGGGAGGAAGGAGAAAGGAGAUUAUGUGCCAUGAAAACCCAAGCUCCAAACCAGUCCCUUAAGCUUUGCAUUCCUCUCUCAUUUUCUUAGGAUUGCCUAAAUUGAAUGCACUAAAAGAAAAAAAAUCCUAUAAAAUAUGAUCUAUUUAUUGAUUUGCUAUGGUACAUCCCAUUUCUUACACAUGGAUUGCUGAUGUGCUAAGAAAAAACAAUGCCUUGGCUUGUUGUUGUUUUUUUAAGAUAGUUUGGACACUAUCUUAAAGAUCUUCCUAAAUUUCAUAGUAUCCCAGAGCCUCUAAAAAUAUUUAAUUGGAAAAUUUAAAGCUUCUUUUAUGGCAGUUAUUCUUCUUAAUGGGACAAAUCCCUCUCAGUGUUUUCCUAUUACAUUUCAGCACAAUGAAUAUAUCUUGUGCACCCAAGAUACUUGUUAGUAAGAAGAAAAGGAGGGAGGGAUGGAAGGAAAGAAGGAAGGGAAGGAAGGGAGGGAGGGAGAAAGGGAAGAAGAGAGAAAGAGAAGGAAAGAGAGAGAAAGAAAGAAAGAACGAACAAAUUUGGCAAUGUUCACUUUAAUUUAAAAGACGACCACAGAAGGAUGCUAUUUGAUAUAUUGCCUUACUGUAUAUAAUACAAAUUCUACUUUAAUAUACCCACAAGCUUGACAAUGUAUUUUUGAAGACUAUUUUUCUAUCCUUACAUGAAAUAAAAGAAAAUAUUUUCUAUCCUCCCAGUA